CCGCAAGGGAAGAAGAAGAAGGCUUGAAUUUGACGUUUGAAUGUCAUGAAUGUUUGUUAUUAACCUAUGGUUAUUAAAUACGUAAGGGGUAAUAUAAUUACAAUUAAUUUGAAAUGGAGCACAAAUAAAUUCAAUUAAAUAUUCGACGGAAGUAAAUACUUAAGUUUAAAUCAUUGUUCUAGUUUUAAAGUUAGUCAAACAUGCCGAGUUCGAGCGUUAAAAAGCGUAACACUGAAAAAUCUAUUAAAAAUGAGAACAAAAGUGAAGAAAAAGUUGAUAAUUCCACCGAGGAAAAGCCAAAAUAUAGAUAUGGGCCUAUGCCUAAGCUAAGUUCACAACGAAUGUGGAGUAGAAGUAUUAUGAUAUUGGGAGUUUUAUUGUAUGUUUGGUGGACAAGUAAAAAUGAAUCUGAUCAAAUUUUGGCCAAACAAAAACAGCUUUAUGAUAAAAGAUAUCAAAUGAUCGACUGCGACAAAGAAUUCUUAAAAGAAAUAAGGGAAUACAAAGGAUGUGCACCAAGAAAAUGUGGCAGAUUUAUUUCUGAUCAAAUUGUUACUGCUACAGAGGCAGAGACUUUGCUCAGAUUAGCUCAAAAAGCUAUGUCUUUGGGAGGUUCACAUGGUGGGGCCACAAUUUUGGACUUGCAUUCUGGAGCCCUAUCACAUGGGGAUAAAUUUAUAAAUGUUUAUUCUUUGGAAAGCGGCAAGAAGGUCGUAUCUGCAGCUGAGUUGGCUAUUUACAAAAUAGUCAGGAAAAAAAUUCAGGAAGCUGUAGCCAGUUUCUUCAACGUUAACCCUGAAAGCUUGCAUCUAACUCAUCCAACAUUCUUCUCAAGGUUAAAUAAUAAGGAUCCCAAAACACCUCAUGAUGAGUACUGGCAUGAACAUGUUGACAAAGAAACCUAUGAAUCAUUCCAUUACACAACUUUGGUUUACUUAAACGAUUACGAGGUGGAUUUUAAAGGUGGAAGGUUCUUUUUCUUGGAGAACGAGAAAAAAACGCACAAAAAUACCACAGUAGAGCCUAGGAAAGGUAGGGUUUCCAUGUUUACAUCCGGAGCUGAAAAUCCUCAUUUUGUUGAAAGGGUAUCAGUUGGCACUAGAUAUGCUAUUACAGUAUCAUUUACCUGUGAUAAGACUAAAGCAAUAGUUGACCCUGUAUUAAAAUAAUGUAAGGUUUUAUUGGAUAAAAUUUAUCCCUAAUAAAUAUUAUGUAAAGUAAAA